UUCUGUACAUCUCACAUUUUAUAUAUUUAUAUUAUAGUAGCCAAACGUUUGACUGAACAUGAACGUAUCCACUGUGCCUUUUUUUCGCAUUAAUCUCCGAUCGAUUAUUAGUAUUUAGUUUACCUAAUAAUUGUAAUUUGUGUUCAACCUAAACAUAGUGUAACGUUAUUUUAUUCAUCGAGGAGGAACUUUGGUUCAAAUGAUAUUAUGAUUAUUGUUUACUAACAACACGUGACUUAAUAAUUGGUAUUAUAGUUACAAUAAUUUGUGCAUUUGACGAAGAAGAACCGAAACACUUUCAAAGAUGCUUAAAUCGGGAGUUCAUAGACAAAUAUACGCCACUAUAGCCGCGUCCAUGUCGAUAUUCAUCAGUGGCAUGUGGCUGGGAUGGCCAAGCUCGGCGUCCGAGAAGUUCAUGAAGCACGAGACGGGCGAGCUACACGUGACCUACGACCAGCUGUCAUGGAUAGUGUGCAUGAUGGACAUGGGAAACUUCAUCAGCCCGCUGUUCGGCGGCUACCUGAUGGACCGGUAUGGCCGGAAGAAGGUGAUCGCCGCUCUCGGCCCGCUGUUCAUCGCUUCCUGGUCGCUGACGCUGUUCGUGCCCACCACGUUCGCCCUGUACACGGCCAGGCUGAUGGCGGGCCUGGGCAAGGGCGUCUCGUACACGGUGGUGCCGGUGUUCUUGGGCGAGAUCGCGGGCGUUGGCAUCCGCGGCGCCCUGGGCAGCGUGUUCACCAUACAGCUCAGCGGCGGCGUGCUGUUCGAAGUGAUCGUCGGCCCGUACGUGUCGUACCACACGCUCAACGCUACGUCUGCCGUCGUGCCCGUGCUGUUCUUCACCGCGUUCCUCUGGGUGCGCGAGUCGCCGUACUACCUGCUCAAGGUGGGCCGGGCGGCCGACGCGGCCCGAUGCCUGCGCUGGUACAGGGGCUGCGACGCCGAAAGUGGCAACGGCGACGAAGCCGUGGACGCCACCGUGGCCGCGGAGCUCCGGCUGAUGGAGGCCAACGUGCGGAAGGACAUGGAGCACGGGUCUUCGCUGGGCGAGCUGUUUACCAACCGGAACAACUUCCGCGCGCUGGCCGUGGUGGUUGUGGCGUGCGCGGGACAGCGCGCCGGAGGCAUCAGCAGCCUGACCGCGUACUCUGCGCUCAUACUGCCCGAACCGUCACCCAUCCUGGGCAAGUUCGAGUUCAUAAUCGCGUUCGCCGUCGUUCUGGUGGUGGUCAACUUCGUCGGGCUGGCCCUGGUCGACCGGGUGGGCCGGAAGCCACUGCUGAUCGCCUCCGAGGCGGGCCUGGGAGUGAUCACGUUCGUCUUCGGCGUCUACUACUUCGCCGCCGAACACGUCGCCGGCGCCGCCGCUGCGUACCGGUGGCUGCCUUACGUGUGCCACACCACGUUUGCCGCCACGUUCUCCAUCGGCGUCGGGUUCAUACCCGUGGUGUUCCUCGGCGAGAUGUUCCCGGUGAACGUCCGGUCCCGGUGCUCGGCGUUCGCGUCCGUCACUCUCGCCUUCUUCUCGUUCGUGUCCAACAAGACGUUCCUGGUCGUCUCGCACAGGUACGGCUACUACGCCAUGUUCUGGACGUUCUCCGCCGUCAAUUUCGCCUGCGCGUAUUUCUCGCACAGGUACGCGGUCGAGACCACCGGUAAGACGUUCUUGGAGAUCCAAGAAAUCCUGGACGACAGCGUCAGGGACGGACCAGCCACGCGGAGGAAGAACGCGAAAAGACCGCAAGUCAUUGCCUACGACAACCCGUCGGCCGAUAUUUAAAAAAAUUACAUAUACUAUUAUACUAAAUAAUAUUAAAUUAGGUUCAUUAUACAUGGGGAAGCCCGUACGAUGUCCUCAAUCAGUAAGACCGAGAUCGCAAGUAUUUUAGGUAUAUGAUACAUACGGCUAUAUGUAUGUCUAAUAUGAUAUAAUAGAUACUGUAGGGUGCAGAUUCAGUGUAAACACCGGUUAUUUUGAAAAAUAUUACAGGAGUUUUUGAAAAUUUGUUUUCUUAUAAUUCCGAUGUACCUAUUGUAAAACAACAUUGUUGAAAAAAAAAUAUUUUUUACGCUUCUUAUUAUUAUUUUUAAUGACAUUCUAACAGCUGUGUACAUUUUGAAUGCCAUAUUCCUGAAUAAAUGCGUACAUGUACUUUUAAUUUUUUUUUUAAAUUCUGCAUCGCAAUGACUUAGAAUUAUCGAACAAAAUAUUUUUUGAGAUAAUGAGUGAUUAGGUACAGUCCAAAAAAUCAUCUUGUGAAUUAGAUAAGUAGGUAUUAGGUAAAUAGAUACUAUAUAGAUAUUAUAUUAGUGUUGGCUGGUCCCGGGACUCAGCAGCAAUUGCUAUAGGUACUUAAUUAAUAAUUUAUAACAAUCAAUCGUAAUGUAGUUAUAUGUUAAGUGUUAAUUUGUAUUAAUAUAUGUAUUAUGAUUGAAACAAUUUUUGACGUUCAAAUAAGGUUUACCUAUGUUGAUCACAUAUGGCAUGCUCAAACAUAAUUAAUUGUUAUUUGCUUAUAUAUUAUAUGUUUGUAUUUUUAACAUUGAAAUUUAAACUUGCUUCUCAAAAUUUAGUACGAGGAGAAAUGUUUAAUAUUUGUACAAAAUUGUAUUUAGUUCCAUAACGAUUGUCAUUUAUUAGAAUAAACGAAACAAAUACGUA